AUGGCGUCAUCUGCAUGGCUAAGGUACAUCGGAGUUGUCAUUUUGAUAGGAUGUUGUUCCUGUAAGGUUGUUCUUUUCACAGAUCGUCAAAAUGGAAUGAGAGAGAAAGACCGCCAAAUUGAACGCCCUUCGAAACAACGCCAAUCAAAGGUUAAAAUGUCUGCGAGUCCUAUUUUUCCUAGUGAUAUGACCGACCUGGGACUAAUAGGACGUGGUAAGAAUGGUCAGAUCUUUGGUACCCUUCUGUCCGAAAACGGCGACGGCGUAUCGGCUCAACGGCAGAGCAUUGAAAAUUUCAUCGACAGUUUUAGCACUCUGUUUCGUCAGGGACCUUCACCACAAACUGUCAUAACCAACACGGAGGACAACGUCCUCUCGGACGACGAAGUUACAUUUGGACAAGGUAGAAUUAAUUCGCUGCGUCGUGACUCCGGUAACCUUGGUUCAACCGCCAAUUCUGCCAGUUUGACAAGAGCCUUUCCCGGCCAGAGUGGACUUUCUGUAUUGUCAUCUGAGCUUACCGAUGCCCCUCGGACUCUCGGACCUUCCCGAGAUGUUGGUAGAAGGGUGAACAUGAUGUCCACUCUGAGUGGUUUGGACGAAACCAGGCCAGCCGGAGGCGUCAUCGGACAAAUUGACAGUUUUGACGAUGUGAGAUUCAUUGGCAUCGACCAAAGUCAAGGUGUGGACGGACCUGUCAUGAGAGGUGAAAAUGUUGACACAACGGCUUUUAAUCAAGGUAUGAGAGAGGCCUCAGUGCAAAGUCGACCUUCUGUGCGAACUGGUGGUAGUACACUUACCAGACAGAUCCCAACUCGUAGCGAGAUGAAUGGACAACGUGAUAGAAGCUCUAACACGCAAGCUAGCAGCACAGGUGCGAGAAAUUCAUUAUUCAGCUCCGGGGUAGGUGGUUCAGAGCAAAAUAUUGUAUCCGGAGGUGUCAGUGGCAAUUUGUUACAACCUAUCCAAUCCUCGGUUCUCCGCACUGAUGAUACUAAUGCUGGAGGCAUUAGUGCUUCAUCUCUUAGAAACAGUCUUAUUUCUAACCUUUUAGGUAGAAUUUUCAGCACCCCUUCUAGAGACAGUGAUGCUUCACUAACAGUUAUUGAAAACACACUUGAUGGUAUAGAUGCCUCUGAAAGUCAAACUGGUGGAACUCCACUUUUUACUCGAAUGGCCACAAAUAACAGAAUUACAGGCGAUGGUCAGAUUGGAACAGGUGGAGCACAAGAACUACUGGCUUCUAUCGAUGGAGGAGUUUUAAAUGCUGACGUUAUAGGUUCAACAGCUGUGCAAGACUUUUCUCUCCAAAGGGAAUCUCAACCAAGUUUUGAUCAGAACAUCAGAGGAGAAUCGGACUCAGGAGCAAGAGGACAGCGUAUAGACGAUGGAUUUUUCGGUAUUGGUCCGAUCACAGAUAGAUUCGAAUUAUCCGGCAAUCGUCAGGCCAAUGUAAAAGGAAGUACAUUGAGGUCAAUGAAAGGCAGACGAAUAACGUCUGCGUCGAAAAUCCGACCUUCUAAGAAGGGUACUGGUACAUCAAUUUCUAGAGAUGUAGUUGACCGACAGCCCAAGGGAGAAAGGGCUGACUCUAGAAAGGCUGCCUCGACAAGAACAGAAUUCAUAUCCCGUGGUCCAUACAUGGUGUUCCAAACAAGCAAACCGUCCAACACUAAAUCUGGAGGUUCAAACAAGUUUCAAACACGUACAAUACCAUCUGCGGUAUCAUCGAGCGGAACACAAAAUAGUAUUGCUUCUAGAAAACACACUGGAAAACAAAGUAGUCAAACUCAGCCAUCAGUCAGUUCCGGCGGACCUAGGGAUAGUUUUACUCGAGUUAGUACUUCAGGGUCAAAUCCGAACAUGUUUACAGCGGGGAAUAGUUUACAGGGGCAAAGACAGGGAAAUGUAGCAAGAUCGUCUUCCCGUGUUCCAAAUGUUCAAACUGGAAACGACCAAAGCGCUAACAGAAGGGCGGGAACAUUUUCUUCUACAUUUGGAAGUGGUGACAGACCAGAUGUUCCUAUAAAAGUAUAUAUGGUUCUUCCCAACAGCGCGGGUGGGUCGGCUACUGGAUCGGCAGGAGUGACUGUUAAUCCCACUGCUGUUGGAGCUUCCGGAGGUACAGGUUUCAGCCAGAAUUCCAGAUUUACCUCGAAUCGUGUCUCUCCCUUCGGUACAGCCAAUGUCUCGAUGGGUAGUACUUCCAAUCUUCGUGGCUUAGGUUUACCUAACAGAAGCACCAUGAGAGCGGACGGUCGAUCGGUAGCAACAGCGUUUGGCACGAGAGGAAAUGUCAGGAAUAUGGGGUCAUUUUCUAGAAGACUUCAGGUAGGCAGGAAUGGUGGAUUCGGGACAAACUUUGGUGCGCGUCGGAUAACACCAAUGCAAGGGAUGCUCCAGAGUCGAGGGAAGACCUCAUCGGGUGCGUAUUUGUACAGGCAGAAUAUGACUGAUAUAUUUCGAUUCGUGAGAAAGAUUAAAGAUUAA